AAGCCGACAGCGCCAUUUAUUUGGAUUGGACGCGUUGCAGAAUCGGCUUGUGUUGAGAGGCUUCACUGCUUCACUGUGGAGUAAAAGGAUCAGGAGCGUAUUCGUAUAAUGACGCGAUUGUAAACUCUCACGAUUCUUACAAUCGGAAUACUCGAAGAUCAUGCCGCGAGGAACAAUCAUUAUCGCUUCGCGCACUGAUAGCUACGCGUGGCUUUAUUCCAACGGUAAUUGAACGGUUGUGUUUGAGGAGAAAAGACGUCGGAAAAACGAAGCAAAAUGUCUCUAAGCGCCAGCGCUGAGAAUCUGUCGUCCGAAGGACAAAAUAGCGAGAGAUGGAACAUGUGUCUGGAACUGGCACUGGAAGGCGAACGCCUGUGCAAAGCCGGCGACUGCAAAUCCGGCGUGGCGUUCUUCCAGGCCGCAAUCCAGGCUGGUACGGACGAUCUGCGUAUAUUAAGCGCAAUCUACAGCCAACUAGGCAACGCGUACUUCUACUUAGGUGACUAUGUCAAAGCAAUGCAGUAUCAUAAGUUGGACCUGACGCUCGCCAGGAAUAUGGGCGAUAAACUCGGGGAAGCCAAAUCCAGUGGAAACUUGGGCAACACGCUGAAAGUUAUGGGCAAGUUUGACGAAGCCAUGAUAUGCUGUAAGAGGCAUUUAGAAAUUUCCAAAGAAAUUGGAGAUAAGCUCAGCGAAGGAAGAGCCCUGUACAAUUUAGGGAACGUGUAUCACGCUAAAGGCAAACAGGCAGGUAGAAUAGGCCAUCAGGAUCCAGGAGACUUCUCCGAGGACGUCCGGCAGUGCUUGCAGCAGGCUGUACGCUAUUAUGAAGAAAAUCUAGAGUUGAUGAGGGAAUUGGAAGAUUCCGCAGCGCAAGGUAGAGCGUGCGGCAACUUAGGCAAUACAUUUUACUUGUUGGGCGACUUCCAGCAGGCCAUUCAUUACCACAACGAACGUCUAAAAAUUGCCAGAGAAUUUGGCGAUAAACCGGCCGAGAGGAGAGCCAACAGCAAUUUAGGAAACUCGCAUAUAUUCCUGGGCGAGUUUGAGAAAGCUGCACAACAUUACAAAAGAACCUUAGUCCUCGCGCAGGAGCUGAGCGAUCGCGAAGUAGAGGCACAAGCGUGCUAUUCUUUGGGCAAUACGUACACUCUUCUGCGGGACUACUCGGCGGCCGUUGAGUAUCACUUGUGGCACAUGAGCAUAGCUCAGCAAUUGAAGGACCGCGUUGGCGAGGGACGCGCCUGCUGGUCGCUCGGCAAUGCGUAUGCUGCGAUGGGCAAUCACGAAAAAGCGCUGCACUACGCGAAUCUGCAUCUACACAUCUCGAAGGAGCUGGAGGAUCAGAUGGGCCAAGCUACCGCGCAGAUGAACAUCGACGAUCUGCAAAAGAUUCUCGGUCUGGAGAAGAAUCAGCAAGAGAGCAACAAGGAGAAUGUGAACACGCAGAAGCUUCCCGCGAAUGCAACGUCGAAUGUUCCGACAACUGCAUCCUGCAGAUACAGACUCAGGCGACAAAGCAUGGACAAUUUGGAUCUUAUCAAGCUCACACCUGACGCGAAGCAGAAAGACAAAUCAGAAAUCGUGCUGGACAAAGGUAGUAACGCCGCAUCCCAAUCAUCUCAGAAGGAAGAAGAUAAUUUCUUCGAUUUGCUGUACCGGUUUCAGUCGGGUAGAAUGGAUGAUCAACGUUGCGCGCUCAACAUAAAGAACAAUUCGAAAUAUCGAACAAUCUCACCGGAAGCGUCCGACAUGGAAGACAAAGAUGGAGAAGAUUUGCUAGAAUUAAUCGCCGGUAUGCAAAGCAAGCGGAUGGAUGAGCAACGAGUGACGUUACCUUACCUGCCAGGAUUGAAUACCAAUCAGGAUGCGGAUGAUUCCUUCAUCGAGAUGCUCGUUAAAUGCCAGAGUUCCCGUUUAGAAGAUCAACGUAGUCCUCUUCCGGCUGCAUCAACGUUGCAGGACUCCGAGGAAGAAAGGGGACGAAGAGCCAACGGAACCGCUCAAUCAGGUUCCACCGUGCCCGAAGAGGAUCUUUUCGCGCUAAUACAAAGACUUCAAGCCGGACGAAUGGAGGAUCAAAGGGCUUCCGGACCCGGCAAGGCAUGCUAGAAAACAGAUAUUGAUUUAAUUCCUUUUCUUCAUAAUUCUUUUCCUUAAAUUCCAUCUCUUAGAUCCUUUAUCUUACGUAUUCUCGACUACAUUAUCAAUUCCUUCGCUAAUUGUUUAUUCAUUAUUAUAUUUCUAUUUUAUUGAUUACUUAAGAGAAAAGGUUGGUACUACAUCUGAACGGCCUGGCUCCGUUCCAAAAAGGCAAUGCUUCGAAAUGCCUGAUUGUGAGAACCGAGCUCUGUGCCAGAGUGCGAAGACACCCGUUUAAGUGUCGCAGAGAAGUUGGAAUAGUCGAACGAAAGACAUUUCUCGUUAUCGAAUGCUAAAUCGAACACAUCGAAUACAUUACUUCGUCUAAGAAUAAUACAGCUCUUUUUUCAGUCAGCUAUAUUAAGAAGGUUCGAAAGUUUCAAUCAAAUUUGAUUUAAAAAUUCUGUUACUGCGCGUACAUUUCUAAAGUACGUUUAAAUGACUGGUAAUUGCUACGUUAAAACUAUUUAGACAAUGUCGAUUAAUCUUUUCGAUACAGAUGUAUACUCUUAUAGUGACACACCUUUCUCAGACGUCCAGAUCCGAAGUAGAUGUGUUAUUUCUUGCAAAAAUAAAUAAUUACUUAUUUGUCUAAAUAACAAUUUAUUUAAAAAUAAAUAAUUAUUUACUUUUUUGCAACUGUGAAGCACUUUUGCUUAGACCUUGCAUUCAGUUCGAUUGAAGACACCUCGGAUUUCUGAAUUUGCAUUUUUCCUCAAUCUUCUCUUAAAUGUGGAAAGUAUAAAAAAAAACUAGCCUAGUUUUUGCACUCAGGCCUUGGAUUCCGUUCAGAUAAACUUAAUUGUUUAUUCGCGUAGGUACUGCCGCGUCUAUGUAUAACGAUAAAUACUCUUGUAUUUUAUUGCUUUUACGAAUUGCAAAAAAAAAAAACAAGUUGUGUAAAAGCAUCGCGAAUGCAAUAAUGAACAACUUUUCAGUUAACCGUCUAAUAAUAAUAACUGCCGUUAGUCUCUGGCUACUUGGUCGAAUAAAUUACUGUGGAGUAAACUGGAUGAUGUGAGAACUAUUUUCGAUAGAUCAAUUAUUUGUCGAUCGUAAAUGUUGAAUGUAAAAAAAAAAGAAGCAUGAAUGUUAAAUGUAAUACGGGCCGACGACAUCGUGACUGAUGUGACAUGCCAGUAAUUAACUCCGGUUUUAGUAUUAUCAAGAACUCUACUACGCUCGUUUUACACACGGAGCUAUAAUCGCGCGUGCGAAACGGGUUUUUCCGAACACUGCCAGUUUGAGGGUGUGAAUGAUUUUCGGACGUUUCGUUCGUGACAAGCAGGAAGAGCCCCUUUAACGUUCACAUCCUCAAGAUUGUAGUUUUUAUUAUUUUAUACGUAUAUAUUUCUUUUGCGUAUCUUCUCGACUUACUUUAAUCUAUAAGGAGAAGCAUGGAUUAUUUUUCUGAGGAAUAUAUUAUGCAUAUAAGCAAAAUUGCGUAGCGGGUGAGAAAAGUAUUCGUGCACCGCCGAAUUUCACUGUUUGGUAGCUUUUUCAGUUGCGAGACGACUGCGAAUAAACAACGUCGACGUACAAAUGCACUGCAUGGGAAAAAGUCAAAAAGUAAAGUGAGAACUGAUUAAUCAUUUCAGUGGCGAUAAACACGAGACAUUCAUUUCUCAAUCAAUUUUUUACAAUAUAUAUUUCGUAGCAUUUUACAAACGCUCUCAUCCGCGAUAAAAUUUUUUGAUUAAUUGAAACCAAGUACGCAUGUCUUUGACUUUUGCAAUUUUUGAAAAUUUAUGCAAGAUAUAAUUUCUGAAAUGUGCAAAAACUUAAUAGCUUCAUUAAGUGUUUUAGCAAUAUGGUUUUAUAAUUAACUAAUUUUAUUAACGGUGCACACGUAACGAUCGCUAUGCGCAGAUUGCGAGCAAAUAUACUUUACUUUUUGAUUUGCUUUUGCGCGUAGGAUAUCUAUAUUGUAUAGCUAACGCUGAAUCAAAUAUUUUUUAAAGAUUUUAGAUGAAGAAGAAAGUCACGAAUCAUUGUAUAGUUCAAAGGUUGAUGAUGUAUAAAUAUUAUUUUUACUCAUUGUAUGUUCUCAAUAGGACAGAAACUUAUAACAAAUGUCAGUGCCAAAGAUUCUCUAUGCUAAAAGGAAAAUCUGAUAAAAGAGGGGGAAAAAAAGAGAGAACUUAUUAGAUGAAUUUCUCUAUCGUCGUUGCUGCACGAGAGUAGCGUUUUCGUAAAAAUUUAUUAUUCUAGUUGAAACAAAGGUGUUAACGAAAUUGUGGCUGAUACUCUCUCUAUUCGAGAUAGUGAAUAUAAUUUUAUUCGCCCUACAUGUUUUAGAAUCAUCGAAAUAGCUUUCUCCAGACUGCGUUUUUCGUCUUAAUUUGUACAUUAUAACUUUUCGGAAUUUCGGAACUCGCACUCGUCGCGAGAUAUUAACGAUAUAAGUUCUACGAGUAGUAUAGUGCUAAUCGAAUUCCAUUCUGUCCAAUAAUGAUAUAUACAGGAUCAAUAAAUAUAUAUACCUUUUUCAGAA